AUGCCGGCACCGGCUGUCAAAAAAUUUCGCUCCUACAACCGGCUAAUCAAGGCUAUCGUUAUGGGGUUACUCAUGGCGGCCGUGUUCAUGAAAUGUAAUUUGUCAUCUUUUUACCUCGUUUAUUGCAAACAAGGAAUAGAUGGGGAGAAUGCCACGGCUAGUGAUGAUGGUAUUUCGGUUACAUCACGUCUGGCAGAAAUCAAUCCGUUAACGCUCUUCACAACAGAUUUCACGCAACCUGAAAAUAAUACAACACAUUCCAAUGAAAACGUGCCCUACCUCACAGCUGCGUCAUCGUCGCCCAAGCUUUCACCGCCUCAACGUGUUCCACGUAACAUGACCUUCUGCAGCAAUCACUCCAAUUACACUCACACUUCUUAUCCAAAUUUUGCGGGAGACAAGUCCGAACAUGAUUUCAUUGUUAGCUGGGAAUUCCUCAAGCCGGUCAUAGAUUCCCAAUGUCACCCUAGGAUUGAAGAAUUUAUCUGCCUAGCAGCGCAACCUGAAUAUCGUCCAGAUGGCAAAAGCAUAGGCCCCUGUCGUAAGUUUUGUCACGAAAUUACAAACGCCUGCGCGUCUUAUUUUUGGGAUGCAUUGGAAAAACAGAAAAUCAUGCUCAGCUGCGACAGGCAGUAUGUUGACUCGACCGAUCAGCAUCUGUGUCACAGUUAGGUUCCCAUCACAUCAAGCUAUACGCGAGUCAUGAAAUCUAGCCAUUAGAUCAAUUUUUUACCAUCACAGAAAGAAGAAAUUUUCAAUUUCAAUGACGCACGAGGAGAAGGCAAGAAUCUAGCAAAUGGGGAACACAAAAUUUGAGAGAAAAAAUUAUUUGAUAUCAUUCCCGCCAUAAUUGAUCGGAACUAUUGCUACAUUUUUGAAAUGCUUCAUCCCUACUUAUUAACCUUUUUUUCCCCCAUGCCCAUCGUCUCCAUCACGAUGUCGAUCGUUGUAGAAAUGGUGCCAAAAAAUUUUCGUCUGUUUUGGAAAAUUUACAUUCACCGUAUCAGGGUAUUUACGUAUCCUA